CGCUCUCCUUUCAUUCCUCCCUCCUCUUCCUCCUCCCCCUCCCCUGCCGCAGCGUCUGACGUCCCCACGCAGGAGCACCAGCAGCAGCACAGUGGGCAGCCGACGCCGCCACUCCGGGCCGCCGGGCAGAGGAGUGGAAGCGCAGACAUGACCCUGCAGUGGGCAGCAGUUGCGACCUUUCUCUAUGCCGAAAUAGGACUCAUUUUAGCCCUCUGCCUACCGUUCAUUCCUCCUCAGAGGUGGCAGAAGAUCUUUAUGUUCCCACUGUGGGGUAAAAUUGCAACUUACUGGAAUAAGGCAUUUCUUACAAUUAUUGUCCUGUUGAUUGUUCUGUUUCUUGAUGCUGUGAGAGAAGUAAAGAAGUAUUCUAUUAGUCACGGGCUUGAAAAGAGUUCAAGCAACAAUCCCAGUGCUUAUGAACAUGUACAGAUGAAACUUUUCAGGGCACAAAGGAAUCUUUAUAUUUCUGGAUUCUCCUUAUUUUUAUGGCUAGUAUUACGACGUCUGGUUACCCUCAUUACUCAGCUAUCCAAAGAGUUGGGAAUCAAGGGAGUGCUGAAGAUACAAGCAGAUAAUAACAAUGAUGCUGCCAAAAAAUAUAUGGAAGAGAACGAAAGGCUAAAACAGGCCUUGGAGAAAACUGGCAAGGGAGACGAACAGAAAAUAGAUUCAGAAAAUAAAAAUCUAGUGGAAAGUGUGGAAAAACUGAAAGCGGAGUUAAUGAAGACUUCAGAAGUUAUCAGGAAAGCACUGAAAAAAUUACCUCUGGAAGAGAGUGAAGAAGAUGAGGAGGAGGAGGAGGAGGAAGAAAAAGAAAAAAGUCUCAUUGUAGAAGGUAAGAGAGAGAAGAAGAAAGGAGAGAGAUUGACAAUGCAGAUAUCUUCUCUACAAAGGGAACCAUUUACAAUUGCCCAAGGAAAGGGACAGAAACUUUGUGAAAUUGAAAGAAUACACUUCUUUCUAAGUAAGACGAAAACUGAUGAACUUAGAAAUCUUCAUAAACUGCUUUACAAUAGGCCAGGCACAGUAGCAUAUCUGAAGAAGAAUAUGGGUAAGUUCAGUGGCUUUCCAUUUGAAAAAGGAAGUGACCAAUACAAAAAAAAGGAAGAAAUGUUGAAAAAAUUUAGGAAUGCCAUGUUAAAAAGCAUAAAGAGAUCAGGAAUAAAUAGUGAAUUGGUAACCAGGAUCUUGAAUUUUUUGAUGCAUCCAAAACCUUCUGGCAGGCCAUUGCCCAAAUCAAAAAAAACACCAAGCAAAGGUGGUAAAAAGGAAUGGAGCAGCUCUGGAAUGUCAAGAAAGGCUAAGUGUACCAAAUGUCCUGAAAUUCUAUCAGAUGAAUCUAGUAGUGAAGAAGAAAAAAAAGAAAGGGACUCUUCAGAGGAAGAAGAUAAAGAAAACGAAGAAAAGCCACCCAAAAAGACAUCUAAAGAAGAAAAACCUAAACCAAAAACUCAUUCUAAAAGCAAAAAAUCUGUAAAAAGUGCCAAUAUCAAGAAGGCAGAUAGCAAUACCGCUAAGAAAAAUCAAAAUAAUUCCAAAAAAGAAAGUGAAUCUGAAGAUCAGAUGAUGAACCUUUUAAUUAAAAAGCCGAAGAAACCCCCUACAGAUAAAGAACUAAAAGAGAUAGUAAAGAAACUUCUGGCCAGUGCCAAAUUGGAGGAAGUAACAAUGAAACAGAUUUUCAAAGAGGUAUAUGAAAACUAUCCUGCCUAUAAUUUGUCUGAAAGAAAAGAUUUCAUUAAAAAGACUAUUAAAGAGUUAAUUUCAUGAGACAGAGAUCAUUUAUAAAGGCUGCUGAUUUGGCGUAUGUAUCCGUGAAUUCAAAGAUCUGAUAAACACCAGCAAAAAGAAUGUAUUUCCUUUUCUAAAUCUUUGUUGGUCAAGUAUUGUGUUAAGCAGAAUUGACUGCUGAAUUUGUGUCAUAAGUGUUAAUGUAAAAAUUUGUUUGAGUUCACCCCCUUUUAAAUUGCAUUUUUAUGCAGUUUUAUUAGUUAAGAUUUUUACAUGGCAAUGAAUGUUCCCUGCUUUUUUUUUAUUGUUGAGUAUUUUGUACAUUUUGGAUUUCUUUAUAUAAGGUAAUGGACUCUUAGACUGUUGUAGCUUUUAGUGUGCUUAAUAUUCAUAGCUUGCUUAAUGAAAUUCUUUUAAUAAUCAAUUAGAAAAAAAGUUGUAACUAUUGGCAUCUUAUACAUGCAGAGUUUGGUUAUUGUAGUAUUUGGUAUAGACAAUAUUUUUAAUACACAUUCUGACAAAUAGUCUAAACUUGUGGUAGUGUUUUCAUUAUAUUCAGGAUAUACAGUAUAUAUGCUAUGAAUAUUUGAGUGAUUAAAUCUGAACUAUCUUAAAUAUGUACUGCAAAUUAUCAGCAUGAUAAAACAAUUGGCAUAGAUGUUAUUUUUGUACUUUUAAAAAAGAUUUGUUGUAUAUAAGGUUUUCAUAUUUCUUUGUGCAAAUCAAUUUUUAAGUGUAUCUUUAGAAUUAUAACAUGAAGUGCCAAUGUUCUGCUAGAAGGUUAUGAUGGAGAAGUGGAAGUUAUAAAGAUAAUGCUAAAGAAGUAAUUAGUAGUUUACUCUUUUCCACUUAACUCUGUUUUAUUUAGGAAGUAUAAUCCUCCUAUAGCUAGCUUUACAAUAUGCAAAUGCAUUUUAUAUUUCAAGGAUUAACUUUAGCACAUAUAGAAAUUAAAACUGCUUCAGAAACUUUGGAGAAAGGCUCAGAUAAGUAUAAUCACCUCCAGCUCAUAAUAAACUUGAACUCAGUUCUAUUUAACUGAUUUUGCCCACAUAAAAUAUAUUACUAUUCACAGGAAACAGACUACUUUGGUAGUAAUGAUGUAGAAGUUAAACAAAUGCCAAAUGAAGAUAAUGUAGUUACAUAGUGUUCGUCAGCAUCAGACCCUUGUGACUGAAAGUAUUGCUCAAAAAAGCCAAUGGUACAUUUAUUUUCACAUUAAUGGAUAGAUAUCUCACAUCAGGGCUGCUGGAUUAUAAAAUUUUUGGCCAAUCAAGAUGUUAGUAGAUCUCAACAGAAGAAAUUAUUUCUUUGCAUGUGAUUCUUCAUGAGUCUAAAAUAACACAUUUUAUUUUAUAUAGACAAUAUCUUAAAUCAUUUUGCCAGAUGAACUUAUUAUAUCUAAUUCUGAAACAAUUUUGAUUUGUAAAAGGGAAACAUUUGGCCUGUGGAGCAUUUUAAUAAGAAACAUUUAAUUGUCUUCACAUCAAGAUCGUGUUCAUUACUGAAAUGUCAAGUUUGAGUGGUGUUUUCCAUGUGGCAAAGCAGCACUUGGUGUUUCCUUUAAUAGGCAUUUAUGUUUGACUUUUUUCUUAAAUAAAAUGUAUUAGAACUUUAUGUACACUUAUUAAUUCAGAUGACCGGAAUAAGCUACUUUAAACUAACCUUAACGCAGAUCCCAAAAUUGACUUCUGAUUUUAAGAUAAAAGUUCAUUUUUUUUCUGUGAAAUUUGUCAGUGAAAAAAUUAAAAUUGUGAGUACUAAAUGUAAAAAAAGAAAAAAUUACCUCUGUGCUUGUAUAUUUUGAAGGAAUUUGUCUGAUAAAAAUAUUUUAAAAUCUGUUUUUUAUCAUUUUUAUUCCAAAUUUUACAAAACCAAAUAUGAAACAAUAUUUCCAUGUACAAAAAAGAUAGUACACGCAUUGAAAUCACACAUCUCCUGUAUGUUUAGGUUACUUUUUCUCAUAUCUACAUAAUAAAGCUCAUCCAUAAGUGUCCCAGCCCCUCUCCACCCUCCCUCAACCAUGGUCAGGGUGGCCAACAUUACAUUUAAAUUACCUUUCAUGUUUCACUUUUCUGUUCACUUUUUGAAGGUAACAUUCUUAGUUUAUUCUUCCAGCAUUAAUUCUGUGGUGGUAUAUAAUGUUCUCUUGGUUCUACUCAUUUCAUUGUUCAUUAUCUCAUCAUUAUCUUCAAGUUUUUUUAAAAAAAUCAGUCUCUCAUUGUUACUUGAUGGUGCAAUAAUAUUCCGUCACAAUCACAUACUACAGUUUGUUCAGCCAUUCCCCAAUUGAUGGGCAUCCCCUCAGUUUCCAAUUCUUUUCCACCACAAAGAGCACAGCUAUAAAUAUUUUGGAACAUAUGGGUUCUUUUCCUCUUUUUCUGAUCUCCUUGGGAAACAGAUCCAACAACCUUAUUGCUGGCUGUAAGAUAUACACAGCUUUGUAAGUCUCUAGAUAUAAUUCCCACAGAAUGUUUGGAUGAGUUCACAGUUCCACCAAUGGUACUUUAGUGUUCUCCUCUGGGGACUUCUAAACAAUAAAAAAUUCUCCCAAAAAAGAAAUUUCCCCAUCUCCUCCAACAUUUGUCACUUUGCCUUUUUGUCAUUUUAGCUAGUCUGAUGGAGGUGAGGUUUUGGUUUGCAUUUUCUCUGAUCAGUAGUGAUUUAGAGCAUUUUAACAUAUACCUAUAUGCAGCUUUGGUUUCUUCAUCCAAAAAUUGUCACUUCAUAUCCUUUGCCCACUUAUCAAUUGGGGGAUAGCUCUUAUUCUUAUAAAUUUGACAAAGUUCUCUAUAUAUUUUAAAUAUGAAAACUCGUGUCUGAGAAACUAUCUUCUUAACUAUCUUAAGAUUUUUCCCAAAUUUUUCUGCUUUCCUUCUCCUAGCAUCAUUUUAUUUGUAUAAAAACCUGUCCACUAAAUGUACUCAAAAUUAUCCAUUUUACAUUUCACUAUAUUCUUCAUCUAUUAUUGGCUCAUUAAUUCCAUUCCUAUCCAUAAAUCUGAUAGGUAAUAUGUUAUGUUCCCUGUUCUUCUAACUUACUUAUGUCUAAACUUUAUCAAGUUAGAAAAAAUAUUAACAAAAUUCAUUUGGAAGACUAAAAUAUCAAGGAUAUCAAAAGAAUAGAAAAAAUAUAAGAAAAGAGGCCUGGCAUUUUUAUUUUAAAUAGUCUUAUAAAGCAGUAUUUAACAAAACCAUCUGACACUGGCUAAGAAAUGGAAAGGGAAAUCAGUGGAACAGAAAGGCACACAAUAAACAGCAGUAAAAGAUUAUAGUAAUCUUGUGUUUGACAGGAUCAUAGAUCCAGGUUUGAGGAAUAAGAAAUCACUAUUUGAUAAAAACUUCUAGGAUAAUUGGAAACCAGUUUGACAGAAACUAGGUAUUGACCAAUAUCUUACACCAUUCACUGAGAUAAGAUCAAAAUGGAUACAUUAUCUAAACAUAUGUUUUAAAAUAGGAGCAGGGGACAGGUAGAUGGCUCAAUGGAUUGAGGGCCAGGUGGUCCUGGGUUCAAAUUUUACCUCAGGCACUUCCUAGCUGUGUGACCCUGGACAAGUUAUUUAAUCCCCAUUGUCUCUUCCUGUUCUUUUGCCUUGGAAGGUAAGGGUUUUAAAAAUAAAUAAAACAUCUGAGCAAUAAGCGCUAGGGAUCUUGUAUUCUUCUGUAUGUCUAUGUCAAUUAAGUGACUAAAGAUGUAGUCUAUUAUAAAGAAUUAUCUGUGAAACUCUACUUGCUCCUUUUCCAGUUUUUCCUCAGGGAUACCCUCACAUAAGCAGAGAUCAUUCAUAUAAAGAUUUUAUAAAGAUGAAAAAUUGGACAUAUAGAUCAGAAAUCUUCUAAGAUACCUUUUUUUUUGUGGUAAUAAUGUCAUCCAUGAUCUUUCCCAUUCAUUUAGAAACUUUUUUCUUGCAAGUUACCUUGAAAAUUAUUCUGUGAUUACCUUGAAAAUUGUGCUGCCUCAGGGACAGCUGGGUGGCUCAGUGGAUUGAGAGCCAGGCUCAGUGAUGGGAGGUCCUAGGUUCAAAUAUGAGUUCAGACACUUCCUAGCUAUGUGACCCUGGGCAAGUCACUUAAUCCCCAUGGCCUAGCCCUUACCACUCUUCUGCCUUUGAUUUUAAGGUGGAAGGUAAGGGUUUAAAAAAAAAUGAUGCUGCCUCCAGGAAAGAUUUCCUUCUCAAUAAGACAGACAUGUAAUCAGAUCAGAUCCAGCCCAGCUUCACAAUUUCAUCCUUUACUAUGUCUACUACUUCAGAAUAUAUUUGGUAUUGGGGUGUUGGAAUCCACUUCCAAUAAUGAGCUGACCUGUCAUGAAUGGCAGUAGAAAUGCUGGCAGCUGUGUUUCUGUUUCACAUCUUUCUUAAUGCAUCUUGAGUUCAUGGAAUGAGCUAAGGUUUUCUGGAGUUCUCAGCUGAGUUUCCUGCAAGGGCGUUUUCCCUUCCAUUUUUUGUUUGCUGUUGGGUGAGAGAGUAUUGCUUAUACUCUUCCAUAAUGUUUUGCAAAUGAGUUUGUAUUCUAAACUGGCUUCCAUGUUUCUUACCUUUUGGCAGAGAGAUCUAGUUUUUACUGGCUAAGGUGAUUUGGGGACUAUUCUAGACUCCAAAUUUUGGCAAUUAGUUUACUUCUCUCUACAAAUCAUCCUCCAUAACUCUGACCACCUUUGAUAUCGAUACUUAGAGGUCAUUGAACAAAGGUAUCUUUUUGGCAGAUGUGACCAUUUUACUUCUCUGCUUAAAAAUCAUCAGUGGCUUCCUUUCAUUUAAAAGAUGAAAUACAAACUCCAUAACUAGACCAAUAAGGUUGUUCAUAAUCUACUGGCAUCCUACCAACAAAGAUCAACAAUUAUCUCUGAUUUAUAGUCUUAGAGUUGCCUGGUACACUGAGACAUAAAGGACUUGACCUGGGACACACAGCCAUUAUGUGUCAGAGAGAGAACUUGAACCCAGGUCUUGAAGAUUCUGAGGCCUGUUUUCUAUCCACUGUACUGUGUAUGCUCUCAUCCUGUUCUGUCUUUUUAAAUGUGUGAUUUUUUAUAAUUCAUUUUGUCUUCAUAUACAGUCAUUGUCCAUCCUACCUCAGAUUGAACCUUCCUUUGUAUCAAAAAUUGAGCAAAAAUAUUUGGCACAUAAACCUUGUUUUACAAUGUUUAUGAUAUUCAGCCCUGGUGAUCCCCCACUUCUCUGUUGUAAUGGAGAUAGACUUAAUUAUGUCUUCUCCCGAACCAUCAUUGCAAACCCAUUCCCCUUUUCACCAGCCAAAAUUGUACCAACUUUUUAAAUUAAGGAAUUAGAAAGUAUUUGGAAUUACUUUCAAGAUCUCAACCUGCAUUUCUGUGAAUCAAAAUAGCACAAGUCUGGAAUCUUGAACAGACUGUAGUAUUGUCCAGCUGUCACACAUUUCAGAAUAUUGCCUUUUGACAACCCUCCUAAUGCCAACAAAAAGAACAGGAUGAGUCGUUUGAAAAAGCAUAAGACACAUUGAGAGGCAGAAUGGGGUAGAUGUUUAAGUCAAGCUCAGAGUAAGAAAUAGACUCGCUAUGUGACCCUGCAUAAGGACUUCUCAGUGCCCUCAACAAUUCUAAAACAAGGUUGUGUUUUGUUUUAACCCUUACCUUCCGCCUUAGAAUCAAUACUGUGUAUUGGUUCUAAGGCAGAAGAGGGGUAAGGGCUAGGCAAUGGGGGCUAAGAGCCACCCAGCUGCCCCCUAAACAAGGAUUCUUAACCAUUUUUUCUAUCAUGGACUCUUGUAGUCUGGCUUAGUUUAUGGACCCUUUCUCAGAAUAAUUUUUUGAAUGCAUGAAAUAAAUAGGAUUACUGAAGGAAAUGAAUUAUAUUGAAAUAGUUAUCAAAAACAUUUUUUUUUCAAGUUCACAGCCUCUAGGUUAAGAAUUCCUAUUCAGGAGCAGCUAGGUAGCCCAGUGAAUAGAGCACUGGGCCUAGACUCAGGAGGGCCUGGGUUCAAAUGUGACCUCACACUCCCUAGCUGUGUGGCUAUGCAAAUCACUUAACCCUGUUGCUAAGCCCUUGCCACAGAAAGAAGGGUUGGGGGAGGAGAGGGGGGCUGUUCAUUUCUCUCAUUGUUCAGUCUCAUAAUUCAGCUUUAUAGCCCAGAUGACUGUCACCCUGUGAAACUGGCAGCUUCAAAGUUCAUGGCACCCAGCUUAGGAACACCUGCUCUGAGAUUUAUGUUUUGCAGAGAAGAUACUGACCUUGGUGCAUUAAUAGAGGGAGUUUCCUAUAGCAGUAAGAACACAGGUGCACCCCUAUCCAUAUCUCUACCUAUCUCUACCUCUUGGACAAACUCCAUGCCCUUCCCCAAAAGAAAUUACAGCUCAAUAAGACAAACACUCGGUUUUCUUCUUACCCAGCAUAAAUUGUUCCUGAGCUAGGGAAAGAAAGCAUAACUAGUUCCAGUGUUUCUUUAAUGAUUAAAGAAAGGACUCCUGACUCUUCCUUUUCUUGUUUCUAGGUCUCCAAGGGUAGCGUGUGCGGGCCUCUGGGGGGGGGGGGGGGUACUAAGGAGGGUUGCUCAUGAAGUGCCCGGGAAAGCCUUCCCUUUUCUUCAUCCUCAGUAGUGAUCACUUUUGUCCCUCUUUCUUUGCCUUUCAGAAAUUAAAGUCCAGAUUUGAGUUCCCAGAAGUUACUAAACUUCACUCAAAUUUGAGACCAGAAUUUAGUCUUUUGUGGGGAGAUCUUUUUCACUACAAAUGACUAUUAGAAAGAAAGAGAACUUUGAUGGGGAAGGCAUUGUAACCCGAUCCCUCUUUGUGUCAGUUGUGGUGUUUGAGGUUUACACUGUAUGAGCUUCUGUCUAAGUGAAUCAACAUCAAGGUAAAAGCAGAUUUUUCCUGUUUGAGGAUGUCUAAUUUGGAUCAUUCAGGGUAGAAUAUUUUAUGAACAUUCCCUACCUGAAAUUACUGUUUUUGAUACGGUCAUUACUGACCUUGUGAAGAUCAGAUGUUCCUGUAAGACUUUUUUGAUCAUGUAGAUUGGACUUUAAUGACUGUUCAUGAAGGUUAAAACUUUGAAGCUUUGUGGAUCAGAGUAGAGUAUUUUUAAAAAGUUAACAACUCAGUGCUGUGCUUAUAAUCAUCAUCAUAGCUAACAUUUACAUAAAGCUUUAAAAUUUAUAGUGUUUCAUACACAUCCUUGUUUGAGCUUCACAAAGACUAAAGAUACACUUUAAAAGCAAAAGGAUCUCCAUCAAAAAAUAAAAUAAAAAAUAAUUUUUAAAAAAUGAUCUAUCACAGUUCAAUGCUCCCCAGUUUUUUCUACCUAAGUGAGUCUUAUUGGCAUUAUUUUCCCCAUUUUCCAUAAGAGAAAGCCAAGGAUCAGUGAUAUUAAGAUAUUAAUAUUGACUGUCCUUGGACACACUAGAUACUGUUAGAAACAAUGCUGCUCAGUAAACAUUUAUUGAUUUUUAAUCAUUGUUGACCAGAUGUAUUAAUGUCUUUAUAUGGCCAAAACAGAACUCAUCUUCCUCAGAUGCAUCCUUCCUCCAAAUGUUCCUUUUUCCUUAUGACUUUCUUACAAUAUUCCAAAUUCAUAACCUGACUUAUAAGAUUUUUUUCCUGAGUGGAGCUCUGACCUUAUCACUCUCCUUUUUUAAAAGUUUGGCUGGUCAACAAAAUGAGGGAGAGGGAAAAUAGGCUGGGGGAAAGUUUUGAAAGGAUUUAACAGCUGGACAGAAGAGUUCCUAUUUGUACCUAAAGACAGGAGGAAGCUACUAGUGUUGAUUAAGUAAGUCACAGAGUCAGAACCAAACUGAAGGAAAAUUACUUUGGCAGCAUUUUAUCAGAUGGACUAGAAUAGGGGGAGACUUGAGGCAAAGAAACCAAUUAGGAUAUUGUUGCAGCAACAGUUGGGGCUCAGUGGAUAGAGAUACAGGCCUAGAGAUGGGAGGUCCUGGGUUCAAAUAUGAUACUUUCAAAUUAGAUACGCUGUGUGACCCUGGGCAAGUCACUUAACCCCAACUGUCAGCCCUUACUAUUCUUCUGCCUUGGGACUGAUACUUAGUAUCAUUUCUAAGACAAAAAGGUAAAGGUUUUUUUUAAAGGAUAUUUUUGUUGCAAUUAUUUUUAUUUAAUCAAGACUAAGAUGAUAUUGUAGCCUUGUAAGUAGAGAGAAAGGGUCAUAUUGAGAGAUGUAGAAAGAGCAGGAUCUGCAACUGAAAAAUGUGAGAUGAGAAGCAAUAAGAAGUUGAAGAUAAAAGGAAGAGUAGUAGAGCCUUCAAAAUGAGAAUUUCAAAGUGGGGAGCGUUUAAUGGAAAAAAUGAUGUGUUCACUUUUGGACGUGUCAAGUUUGAGGUAUGCAAUGUGCAAUUUGUGAUGUGGAGCUGAAGCCCAGGGGAGAAAGUGAGGCUGAAUAUUGAGAUCUGUGAGUCAUAGGCAAUGAAAUGAUGCUUAAAUCCAUGAGAAUUAAUGAGGUGACCAAGGCACAGCAGCUUUAGAAAGUGUUGAGUAAAAGCUCAUUAAUUGAUGGUUGCUUUUAAGACCAGUAGUACUAGGGAAUCCAGUUUCUAAAAGCUUAUGUUUUUGAAAGAAUUUAAACAAAAUUUAAACAAAAAUUACAUAUAUAUAAGCUAUAAAUUAUGUAGUGUGUAAUAUAAAUUAUAUGGUGUGUGUAUGUAUAUCUGUAUAUGUAAAUAUAUAUAUAUGUAUAUAUAUAUAUAUCAAACUAGAUAGAUAUAAAAUUUUCAUUUUACAUGGGCAAACUGGAAAAGGAAGCUGUUCUCUUUCCUACCCAGAAAUGUUGCUAAUAUGUUUUCCCACCUUUGCUUGCUUCCUUAAGCAUACAGUUUUAUUCCUUUAAAGUGUUUUAACAAAAAGAAAACAAAUGUAUAAGCUAUAGACAGUGAAUAUUUAUUAAGCACCUACUUUUUGCCAGGAACUCUGCUAAGCCCUGGGAGUACAAAGAAAGGUAACAAGAUAAUCCUUGCCUUCAAGAAACUCCCAACCAAGUGGGAAAAAUGACAACCAAACAACUGUGUGUAUAUUUGAAAUAACCAACAGAGAGAAGGCUCUAGAAUUAAGGAGAGUCAAGAAAAGCUUCUUGUAGACAAUGGGAUUUUAGCUGGAUAUUGUAGCAGGGUAUAGAGGAAAUUUCAGUGGAUUUGGAGUUCAAAAUCCUGGUUCAGAUUCCAACUCUGUUGCUUCUCAUUUUUGUGCUGCCUUAAAUUCUUUAUCUGUAAAAUGGAGAGCCAUAAGGGGUUGCUAGAUACCAUUAAAAUCUCUUCUAGCCAUUAUAAAUCCGAUUUUCCUCAUUUAGUUUAGCUGAGACUUCUUGGCACUAAAUCAUAAGAUUGGGAUUGUGAAAACAAGUGGCAACCAUAUCUUAUCUGCUAGCUUUCCUUUGGAAAAGAGGUAAACCAAUUUAUAAAUACCAAGUCAAGAUUUCUGCCAGUGGAAUAAAUUAACUACCACAUUGGUGCCCUAAAACACUUUCCCAGUGUACCUGAAUGAUUUACAUCCAGAAAUUAUUUAGUCAUCUAGAAGGAACUGAAUUACUGUUUUGCCACCUUUUAGCAACGACUCUAUCUCAGAAGACUGGACAUUUGUGAACAGACAUUGCUUCCAAUAGUAGGUCUGUUAACCUGUCCAUAAUUUUUGAGAUAAGCAGGCUGGUAUGCUGCAGAAGUCCGUGCUUGUUAUAUGUAAGGAUCAUCACUUGAAAGAUAUGCUUCCUCUUGUAGCUAAUUUGACUGCAUGUGUGAUCAUUGCUUAGAGGGGGAAAAGACACCCUUUUGAAACUUUAUGAAUGUAUAACACGUUAUGAUUUUUAAAUUAUUUUUACUUGUAGUAUAUUCUCUCAUUUGACCCUCAUAGCAGUCAUGGGAAGUCCUUUGCUGAUGAGGAAACCAGAGAUGAGAGAGAGUAAAUGGAUUGUUUGAGGGCAAACCUAGAGUAUGCCAUCACAGCUGGACUUUAAAUCCAAGUUCUCCCAAAAUCACAGCAUUUGAUACUUGUCUGUCUAGUUUAACCCCAUAUCUGAAAAGUAUCUGCACUAUACUAUAGCUUACAAGUGGUCUUCUGCCAAAUCCAGUACUCUUCAUUCAACUAACAGGUCGCUAACCAAAAUAACGGACCAUUAAAAAAAAUAAAAUAGCUCUUAAAAAGAGCUUUUCAGAUAAUAUUCUUUUUUCUCUUUUAAACCCUUACCUUCCAUCUUGGAAUCAAUACUGUGGAUUAGGUCCAAGGCAGAAGAGUGGUAAGGGCUAGGCAAUGGGGGUUAAGUGACUUGCCCAGGGUCACACAGCUGGGAAGUAUCUCAGGCCAGAUUUGAACCUAAGACCUCCCAUCUCUAGCCCUGACUCUCAAUCCACUGAGCCACCCAGCCGCCUCCUCAGACAAUAUUCUUAAGAAAAUUAUUUUGGCUUCAUAAAUUAUUUUCCUUUAACUUGAAAAGCAUACCAGAUUAUGAAAAAGAACUUUUAAAAUUCAAAUUGCAUAGAUACAGAUAUAAAUCUGGGUAACAGAAGAAUUAUAAAACAUUUAAAAAAAAUCAUAAUGAUUGGCAUAGGAAUAAUUAAGACUAUAGCAGGUUAUCAGGUUUGAGUAUCCAAGAGCUGAGCAUACAUUCCCUUUUGAAAAAUUGGAUACCUCCCUGUCCACCAGUAUUGUUACUCUGGUUAUUCUGGUUUUGUCCUGGAAAAAAACUGACAUUUCACAUGUUGGUCAAGAACAAACUCCAAACUGAAAGAUGUUUCAGAAAGAUUAUUAAGUAGGUGAUGUAAUCCCCCAACCUUUAGGAGUUUUACAUUAUACAGAAUUCAGUAAAGGAACAAGUCAGUAGCAGCUGAUUAACCUGGAUGGAGACUGUUUCCAGUUAGGACCCAUAGGAUUCUUGAGAUGUAUGACAGCAGGAAAACCACUUCCAUUCCUUGUCUCAGUCUUUUGCUUUGUUUCUCGAAUUAUAGGACUUGGGCAAAUCAGAUUUAGUGAACAAAAAUCCUAUUCUUGCACCUUGACUUUUGAACCUAAAGAUGAGAAGCAAAAGACUGGCUUUUCUUCAGUUUCAGAAUGACCCUUUUAUUACAGUAUAUCUCUGUACUUUGAAGUCCAUGAUGCAUACCAGAGCUAUCACUGUUUCCCAGAUAUUUUGUGAAUCAUUAUAUGGCCUAAAUAUAAGCCUGUGCUGGAAUAUAGACUGCAUUGCUCAAAUUAGAUCAUUUGAAAGACAAGUAAUAAAUAAAUAUAAGAUGAGAUAUAAAAUGUAAAGUAACACACUGUUAUAGGCUAAAGUCAGGUUAGGAUAGUCACAUAUUCUAGGUUUGAGAAAAAAAUAGACCUGUAGUACGAGCUGUAUAUCCAGUGGCUAUGCAGCAAAAAUUUAUUAGCAGAGAUGCCAAAAAGUAAAACAAAGUCUCCAAGCCAAGAAGAAAAGGGUUUAUUGAGAGAGGGUUGGUCUCACAAUAAAGCCCGACUCCAAUUAGCAGCCGAAGAUUUUCUAGCCUUCUGAGUGGUCUCCUUAUGUAACCAGUUAUACAGAAGUGAUGUCAGUAAUAAAGUGGGUAUCCAAGGGCAACUAGGUGACUCAGUGGAUUGAGAGUCAGGCCUAGAGACAGGAGGUCCUGGGUUCAGAUCUGGCCUCAGAUACUUCCUAGCUGUGUGACCCUGAGCAAGUCACUUAACCACCAUUGCCUAGCCCUUACAGCUCUUCUGCCUUGGAACCAAUACACAGUAUUGAUUCUAAGACAGAAGGUAAGGGUUUAAAAAAAAAUUGGGUAUUUAACUCAAGUAAAUUGUCCAGGGUCUUGGUCCCUAUAAUAGACAAUCAUGCCAUUGAUAUAACCUCCACCUUUAGCCUGAAUAUACUGCAUGCCGUGAUGAUUCAGCAAGGGUCAGCAUAAAGAAAUGAGGCAGAAACCUAAGUCUGUGGCCCUGUGUUACACCAGAGUGAAUGAGAAAGAAGUGCAGGUUAGCCAACUUGCAUGGGGAGAAUUAUAUAAUAUAAGAAGUAUUUCAGAACUAUAGAAUAUAUGUAAAAUACAAUAUCAAAAUCAUAAGGGAUAUGAGAUUUCACAUUCACAACUGCAAGAAACAGUGUUGUAUAAAGGAAAGAGCACUGGAUUUGGAGUCUGAGGGCCUGGGUUCAAAAUCUAUAUCUCCUACCCUUAUCUUUCUGAUGUUGGGCAAGUCACUUAACCAUGAUUUACUUUACAUGUCUGUAAAAUAAGGGAAUUGGAUUUAUUAACUUCUGUUUUCUCUUCCAACUCUUAACUUUGGCUCCAUGUAUUUCUGAAAUGCAGGUGGUAGCACCUGGGAUAGAGUACCCUACCUAGAGUCAGGAAAACUCAUGUUUCUCAGUUCAAAUCUGGCCUCACACACUUACCAGCUAUGUGACUUUGGGCAAGUCACUUAACUUGGUUUGCCUCCAUUUCCUCAUUUGUAAAAUGAUCUGGAGAACGAAAUGGUAAACCAUUCCAAGAAAACCUCAAAGAAGUGGGACUUGUCUAAAACAACUGAAGAUCUACAAAUGAAGUAUAAUUGAUGAUAGAGUAUGAAGAAGGGCAUGAAAUGUUUCAUGUGGGAGCAUCUGAGCUGAUAUUUGAAUGAAAUUAAAGAUUCUAAGAGGGAGAGAUGAGAAGGCAUGGAGGCAAGUCCACGAGAAAACACAAGAGGAAGGAUUAGAAGUUUUUGUACAUGAAAACAGUAAAUAGGCCAGCUUGGCUAGAAUAUAGAAGAUAUGAGGGGGAGUAACUUGAUAUGUUUGGAAAGGUGACAGCCAGAUUUUGAAGGCCUUUAAAUGCCAAACAAAGGAAUUUGCCUUUUAUCUUAUAAGUAAUAAUGGCAGCGCUGUAGUUUACAGAACAGGGAGUUGACAUCACUAGAUCUGUACUUUAGAUUGGUUGUUUUGGCAAAUGGAGGUUGAUUGAAGAGAAGAAUGCCUAAAAACUGACAGUCCAAGGAUUUCUGGCCAAUAUAGCUACCUGAAUGAAGGCAUAGUACCCAGCUCCUUCAAAAUAUAAAAUUCAUACCAGACUGAAUGACAAAUCAGAAAUCCAAUGAGAAACUCAAUAAGUGACUUCCACCCCAUAACUGUACAAAAUGUGAGUCAGAAGCAUGUGGGCAAAAGGGGGCUGCCAGUAAAGCCAACGCCACCUGCGGACAAACAAGCCCAAACCUAAAGGCACUGUGUCUACAAUAUGCUAGAACCAAAUACCCCCUAGAGAAAGACCUAAAGACAUCAGAAAGCCCCAGGGAAGUAGUAACAAUCAGUGCUAUGUUGCAGUUAUCACACCUACAAGAUCCAGGCCCAGGGGCCUCCAAGGUCCCUGAUGCCCUGUUCUGAGAAGCCUCAGGGAAACUUAAUCUCAAAACAUCAAAGAUCCAAAGGAACCUAACUCCAGAAGGUAAAAGUUAUUGAAGAAAACCCAGUCAGACCAUGAUGGACCAGCCAGUUACCCUACCCAAAAGAGUGUUGAGCCUGGGCCUGGCAUAAAGCCCCAAUUCAGGAAACAGAAGCUAGAAAGGUGAAGAAAAUAAAGAAAACAUCCAAUUUCAAAAUGUAUUCUAAUUCUAAAGAGAGAUUACCAAAAAAAGGAUCAGGUAUAACAAUUGCAAGCAGUGAUUCAAAGAGAGCAAAAAUGAAUUUUCCAUAAGAAUUGGCAAUAGUAAUGGAAGAGGGAUUAAUUAGGCCAGAGAAACAAUAUCUUUCUUACUAGAUUUUUUUUUUAAUUUACCCUGGAAUAAGUUAAUUUUCAAUUGUGUUGGACCUAUGAUGCCUCACCAAAAGCUCCAGGGUACAGGGGAGAAACUGGCCCCAUGGAAGGAGUCUGUGUCUCCAAAACACUGACAAACUGGAGCAGAGAAGAAAUAUUUGGAGGUGGCAUGUAUACAUGCCCUGUCCACCAGCGAUUAAGCUCCUUCUAGUCAAUGAAGGCAACCAGUCAUACUGACCAACCCUGUACUGGUGACAGAGACAAAGUUCCCACCCAGUCACCCCAGAGGGGCUGCUGAUCCAAUCAUCCCAUUCCCACCCACCCACCCCUUUCCACAAAGCCUGGUAGUCUUUGCUGACUAUUCCUGUCUGAUGUGUCAGGUGGAUUCUUCAACAUGUGAUUUUUCUCAUUUUUUCCUUCAGUUUAGAUAUCUCAUAGUUCUAAACCUCCAACCCUAACCCUAAAUUCCAACAGAUCCUUAAAUUUGUUGUUUUUUGAAAAGCAGGAUUUGAGGGGAAGCUAGGUGGCAUAGUGGAUAGAACAUCAGACCUAGAGCCAGAGGACCUGGGUCCAAGUAUGGCCUCAGAUACUUCCUAGCUCUGUGACCUUGGGUCACUUAACCCUGAUUGCCUAACCCUUGCCACUCCUCUGUCCUAAAAUCAUGCUAGGACCAAAGGUAAGGGUUAUAAAAAAGAAAAGCAGAGGGUGUUUGUUUGUAUUUUUUUUUUGGGGGGGGGGGUUGCUGUUUUGUUUUUUCCUGCAAAACUUUGUGAUCUUGUUUACUUCCUGGAAGCAAACUUGGACCUUACUCAGUCUCUUAAUUUUUGACACUUUGGUUCCAUGAGCAGCAGCUUUUUCAAGGCCAUGAGAGUCCCUUUUUUACAUACACAUAAUAUACUUACAACCUGGUGAUCCACAAUUAUAAUAAAGAGUAGGUCUCUCUUCUGACUGUUCUCGUGGUGACCUAGUUGAGGAUAAAGUAAUAUUUGUUGCAAUAUGACCUCCACUCCUGACCCCAUUUUUUAUCAUUCCCAAACCUGACUUGAUGGAAUUCAGCUUCCCACAGGUAGACCACAUUUUUUUGUUGUUGUUGAGUCACUCUUUGAUCAUCCCAACCUUAACUAAAAACAUAGUAAAAGAUACCUCUGUUGUUCCCUUGUUUAUAUUGAGUGGAUAGCCAUUUUCCAUCAAAGGGUCUAGAUCUUUGAUACUUUGCUCUCUGAUUACACCAACCUGGAACAGUCUGGUCUACUAUACUUUUAUAAUGAUGUUUAUGCAUUCCUUCUUUGGAAACUGCACUAUAUAAACCUAGCACAUGUUUGGAGUUUCUGAACAUGUUCUAACUGGUUAUUUCCAAUUAUUUGUUAAAAUUGGCAUCUUUUUUUUCUAACCAAGUCUUUUUAGAUAACUUUAUAUCUGGAGAUAUGCCAAACCCUUCAUCCGCUCUCUGUCCAAUAUCAGUUUGCUUCUUCAUGUUUUACUGCACUUCUCUAUUAAUCUUUGAAGUUGACUAUGCACUCUAGUUACAAACUUAAAAUCACUUUUUGCUGGAUAUGCUUUAUUCAGUAUUUUUUAAUUAAAUUGCAUAUAUUUGUAGAAGAGUGAGUUUUCUAGGGAUGUGCCCUUAAGUUCUGCCCUUGGCCUUUCCCUGUUCAGCAUUUUGAUCUGUGAGUUGAAUGAGGCAGAUAACAUUAUUUUUCAUUGUUGUUUAAUUUUUAUUCACAGCCUUUGUUUUUUCAUUUUUUUUAUUUCCUAGUAUACCCCUCCCUCUCAUCUUUACUCAGCCAUUCCUUCCAAUUUAAAGAAUAAAAAAGGGGGCAAGGGGAAGCAUUUCAAUUAACCUAUACAAAAUCUCACUGCAUAUGCCAUUAUACAAAGCUCCACAUCCCAAGUCCUUCUCUACUCAUUUUGAAAGAAGGGGAAGAUGCAUUUUUCUCAUCUCCUUCCAAGGGUAUGCUUAUCAUUGUAAUUACAAUUUUGUGUUUAUGCUGGGGGAGUCAUUGCGUUCUUAUCAGAUAUGCAGGUGAUGCAAAACUGAGGGAAUUCACUUGUUUCUAGAUAGAAUUUCAAGAUAGAAAAAAGAAACUCCCAAUGGAUCACAUUUUCCAUGGUCACUUUUAACUAGGGCCAAAAAGAAAUUUAAACAGCAAGAAAAGCAAGUCCUGUAUUUGGUCUAAGUGGAAUCUAGAGGUCCCCAGACUUGUAGCUUGGAAAGAUGUGGUGAUCCCCAGUUUAUUUAGUUAGGAGGUAGAAACUCUAGGUUUGACCUUGUCACAAGACUGAUCUCAGACUAACAAAUAGACUUUUAGAUGUUUAGUGACUCUUCUAGUCCCCAGAAGCCUCUCCCAGUAUUUCACACCCUCUUUCCAGGAUCAAACUCAGGACCUUCAGCUUGGGAGACUGAUGAGCUGAAUUUUGGUGUACUGCGCCAAAUCCACCCUGACAACUUGGUACGCCAAAAUCAUUUAUAUAAAUACAAGGCACAUGAAUGAAGCUGGAAAAUCAUUCCUAUAAAGGAAGACACAGGGAUCCUGUUAGAUAGCAAGCUUAGUAUGGAUCAGUAGUUUCAUAUGACAGGCCAAAAAAAGUGAUCUUAGUUCAGUUCAAUUCAACAAAUACUCUUUAAGCAUGUGCUAUUAAUGGGCUAUACAAGUUGCAUGUGCAAAUGGCUGGUGCAAACCAUUUGAGAAAAAGAAAAUGAAAAAUGGCCUUGCCCCUGCUGCCCAAGAGCUUAAACUGGAGGAAGUGUAACACGUAUGCGGACAAAUAUAAUACAUUGUAGAGGAUAGUAGGACAAGUGAGACAUCCAAAGUGCUUUAGAAGAAUUUGAGGGAAAGAGCACUUACAUCUGAGAGAGGUUUUCCAGAUGGCACCUGAGAUGAAUGUUAAAGAAAAAGGAUUCUGAAAGGCAAAGAUGAAGAAGGCUCAGCUACAUGCACAGACAGAAUGAGGUAGGAGGAGGCCUAUCAGAUUUCCAGAACAAAUAAAGCAGUUUGGCUGGACCAUAGAAUGCGUGAAGGGAAGUCAUGUAAGAUAAUCCUAGAAAAGUAGAUGGAGCCAGAUUGUGGACAGCCUUAAAUGUCAGAUCAAGGAAUGUAUCCUAUAGGCAAGAAGCAGACAUGGAAAGUUUUUGAGAGGUUCAAUGACAUAGUUAGACUUGAGGAGAUUAUUUUGUGAGCUGUAAGAGGGUUGAACUAGAGAGAAAGAGAAGCAAGAGAUUGGGGAGACCAGUUUAAGAGGCCGGAACAGAGAAGAGAGGCAACAAGAAAGUUGAAAACACAUUUUCUGGGUAGAUUCAGUAGGAUGUGGCAACUUAGAUGAUUGGGGUUGAAGAAGAAAGAGUCAAAGGCUAACUUUAAUGUUUCAUAUCUGAGUGGUACUAGUAACAGAAAUAGAAAAGUUGGAAGAAUAAGUAGAUUUGAGGGGUAAUUAGCUAGAAGAUGAUCAAUUCAGUUUUGUCAUGCCAUACUAAGUUUGGGAUAACAGCAGAACAUCAAAUGGAGAUGUUCAGUAAUUGGAAAUGAAGAGCAAGAUUAGGACAGAAUGUAUAGCUAUGCAGAAGUAUCACAACACAUCACAUCACAGAUGUAUGCAAAUAAGAUCACCAAGGGAAAAUAUGUAUAGAAAAGAGGACCUAGGAUAGAGCCCAGUCAGUGUCCACCCACACUUUGGGGACUGAAGGAACUUGAUUAACCUGGGAGGAGUCUGAAGAGCUGUUGUCAAACUUCUAUUAGGCAAACCAGAAGAAAGGAGAGUAGCUAGCGGAUGGAAAAGGAGAUAGUUUCAGCACUAUAUCAUGGUGCUGAAGGGUUGAGUAAGCUGGUGACCAGGAAAAGAUUAUCAUAUAUGUAAAUUAAAUGAGACUAGCUGACCUGUAAAAGUACUAAAGUGGGUCACAUUUGCAAGAGGUUAUGGAGUGAAUAAGCAAAAUAAAGAAAUGCAAUGAUAGGGAAUAUAAUGAGCCUAGAAUGAUGGCUCUAAACACAUAAUAGAGACCCACAGCUUCUGAUACAAUUUUCCUUUGUUAUUCUAUGUAUAUUGAAGUGCCCAUUUUAUUUAGUGUUAAGUUCAGAAUAAAAGAAAAGAAAUAUAGAAUGAUAGUUUGAGGAGAAGACUGGUUUAAGAGAAGGUCAUAUCUAAAGAAAGGAAGGUGAUGGUCCUACUGUUCCCUGUUCAGUUCACCUGUGUCUGGGGUAUGUUGUGUUCCCUCAAUUCUAGGGAAUACAGACAAGAAGGGAGAUUGGCCAUCUGGAGGGUGAGCCAGGUGAGUGGUCAGACUAGACGAAGACACUAAUGGAAAUCAAGUAGCUUAUGUUUAACCUAGAAAGAAAUGACAUCAUAGCAUUCUUCAACUGUUAGAAGGGCUGCCAUAUACUCCACUUUUUGAUGAGUAGCAAUACCCCACAAACCCCUAGACUUGCUGUUAGCCCAGACAUUGAGAGGAGAAGUCAUCCUGGAGACCUCACCCCCUUCCUCAUCACCACCGGCGAUCAACUGCUACAAUCAGGCAGAUAGUUAAUAUUUAUCCCGUGCCUGCUGUGUGCUGGGCACUGUACUUAAACAUUGGCGAUGUGAAAAGAGGAGAAAGAUAACCUCUGCUCUCCAGGAUCUCGCUGGCAGAUGGAUUGGCACCAGGAGUCAUGGGAGUAACAGCUCCUCCCAGCUACCUGUCACUCUCAAGCUAGCCCAGGGAGAGCUACAGAGCUGGAGGGAGACACGGGAGACUGUGUGACCACCCCCACCAUCUUGAUAAGAGAUGGCCCAGGAUUCUGACUGGAAGAACUUUGGGAAUAGCAGUGCUUGCAGGCUAGUGGCCUCCAGCCCAUCAUCCAGAGAAGCAACACGCGGAGAUGCAGCCUGGUGACUGCUUCCGCUAGGACUCCAACUACAGUUACUGAAGACCCAGAAAGGAAGAUUCCUAAAACCAAAGGCUUUUGGCACUGUAAAAUGGUUCGGCAUCAAAAAGUGAGGGUAGAGGCACAGGGGCAUGUAGAUGGCUCAGUGGGUAGCAAGCCAGGCCUAGAAAUGGGAGGUCCUGGGUUCAAAUCUGGCCUCAUAUGCUUCCUAGCCAUAUAGUCCUAGAAAAGCCACUUACACCCAGUUGUCUAACCCUUACCUCUGUUUUGCCUUGGAACCAAUACUUAGUAUAAAUUCUAAGACAGAAAGUAAAUGUUUUUUAGAAAGUGAUAGGAUUUUUAUUGAUGGAAAUUGGAUGAAAGAAAAAACAUUACCAUCAGCUAUGCCAUUGCAACCCAAGGACUAUAAGUCUUCUAUCUGACUUGGAGCUGAAACAUUCCAUAUAUGUUGUCGCCCCCAUUAGAAUGUGAGCUCCUUGAGAGCAGAUCUUGGUUUUCUUAUUGUCUCUCCAUCUUUUAGCACUGUGCAUUUGGUAAAUGUCAUAAUUCAUUCACAUUGAAAAGGCAUUAUUAGAUCUAUUUUGUUUGGUUUCAGAGUGGAGAAUCAGGACCAAUUCCGUUAAAUUCCAAGUUGCUUAUUGAGCACUUGCCAUUUACAAAGUACUGUGUUAGGCUUUUCUAAGACAAAAUGAAAGAGUCAAGGAGGUUACAUUCUACAUUGAAUUCAAGACCUGGCAAGGCAAACUUCAGUUCAUUAUAAGUAAAAAAUUCUCCAUAAUUUCAACAAGUCCCAAAAGCAGAAUGGGCUUUUUUGAGGGAUAAUGAAUUCUCUGUUCUAGAAGUUUCUCAACUGUACAGAAGUUUAAACCUCUAGUGUAGAAUCUCAUAUCCAGCAUUUUUGAUUUGGAAUAGAUGAACUCCAUUCAACUCUAUACGUUAUUCUUAAUGCUUCAGAACACCUCCAUUGUGUUUGGUUACUUUGUGGUUUGGCUUGACUACUUUUUAAUGUGUUUGUGUGGUCCUAAUGAGAAUGGCUUUCUUUUGGCCCUGAGUGUUCAACCUAUCUGCACAGUGCUGGUUCCAUAGUGUUCUCCUUUAAAAGAUUAGCUCAGCUGAUAGAGUCAAAGUAAAGAGUGAGAGGUGCUAGUCUGAACUAGUCUGUCAAUUCACAAAUAUUUUAGGCCAUUGUUUGAAUCAGAUUUUCAACUAUUUCAAAAAUGUAUAUGUCAUCAUCAAUCCCCAUCUCAUUCCUGGAAGCAGGUGUUUUCUGUCAAACUAGAAAAAGGUACUUGAUUGUUAUUAGGAACAUUAUUUCUUAACAUUAAAUAUUAUCAAUAUUAAGUUACAUAUUAUCAGUAUUUAAUAUUGAAAUAAUUUGAAAUAUUGAAAUAAUGAAUUGGGAUGUUUAGGCUUGACCUACUGUAGCUCUCUCUUGCAUUCUCCUCUUUGGCAACCUGUUGCUUAUACUACUUGUGCCAGCCUAGUUACCCACCCAGAGCCUUAAUGAAUAAAAAUGAUACAGUGAUUAGUGUCAUCCUGUCUUUGGGAAGUAUGGCUGUGGGAGAGAUGGAUAUUUAAAGAAGAAAAUACUGAUACUAGAUAUUUAAUUAGUAUCAUAAGAUAUAUGAAGACUCAGCAGUUCUAUCCCAUGGAUUAGCUAACUCCCAAGUAUUAGGAAGUUGGUUUUUUAAUAUCAAACCUAAAUUUUCCCUCAACUUCUCCCUAUUGCUCCUAGUUCUGGCCUGUUGGGAUGAACAGAGCAAGUCUAGUAGACCCCUCUUCCACAUAAUGAUCCUUAUGAUUCUUGAAGCCAGCUCUCAUAGCUAUAAUGAUUAAAAUAGUUGGUUGUUAUAAAAUGUAGUGAUUAAAAUAGUGGAAGAUAUAAAUUGUGGCAGAUAUAAGAGUGGAUGAGUAAAUUGUGACCGCAGAAAAUGUUUUCUCUACAGUGUCUUGGGUUUAAAUCAAUAUAUAAGGUGGUUGCCAGGGAAAUAUUCCCAAUUAUGAAUAUACCCAAAUCAACUGGGUUUUAUAGAGAUUUUAAUUAAUUAAUACAAUGAGGAAUUAAAGAAAGAGAGAAAGAGAGAAAAAGGAAAUAAUGAGAAAAGGAUAGGCCGGCCCAGGGCAGCCCUGGUCAACGCAGGCCUAAGCCUUAAGAGAAAGAUCAGUCAGUUCUUAAUCAUUCACCACAAGAUCUGUCCAAGCAAGAAUUCAGAGGGACAGAGUCUCCUCAGAAGGAGUUCCAGCCAGAGUCAGCCUCCCUCAGACUUGUCUUCAAGAGACUGUCUCAAGAGACUGUCCUGUACUCUCAGAUUUUCAUCUCCUUAUAAAGGGAAUUUUCUCCUAUGUCACCUCCCCUAAGUUCUCCCACCUACCAAUCAGAGUAGACAUUUUUCAAAGGACAGACCAUUCUUAGUUCACACCUAAGAAGACUAAUCUUUUGAGUAAUUCACACCUGUGUACAUUAGAGUCUCUGAGUAAGUUCUCACCUCUUUGCUCCUUAUAAAUUCACAAGUUGCCUGACCUUUAUAGGUACUUAGCACCCUUUUGUAUUAUAUCCAAAAAUAGGCAGAGCUUAAGAACUUUUUGUCUUACUAUAAGUAUGGGUUUAAGUACUUUUCAUUGUUCAGCAAAGAGUUUACAACUUUAUCUUCCCCUAAAGUAUGCUUAACUAUGGUGAAGUAGAGUUCUCACAUUCCUGAUCUAAGUUACUUCAUUGUUUAAAGUAGGGAAUGGUCUUAGACCAACCUUAGGAAGUAGGGUCUGGGAAUUUUUUAAGGUUUACAAUCCUAACCUUAUGAAGUAGGGUCUGAGAAAUUUUAAGGUUCACAUAGCUAAGGUUUCUCCAGACUGAACUUCCUCAAUUACUUCAAGUGCUCCUCAUCUAAUAUGGACUUCAGGCCCUUCAUUUUCUUCAUUAUCUUUCUUUAGAUGCUCUGCAACUUAAGAAUUCUCUCCCUAAGACUCUAAAUGAACACUCUAAUGCAAAUACCAACAACAGGGAAAUGGGUUCGAGUCAAGAACACCUGUGAUAACCAGUGGAAUCGUGCAUCAGCUAUGGGAGAGGGAAAGGUGGUGGGAGGGGUGGUGGGGAGGAAAAGAAAAUGAUCUUUGUUUCCAGUGAAUAAUGUUUGGAAAUGACCAAAUAAAAUAAUGUUUAAAAUAAAAAAAAAA